AUGUGGACACAGCUGAUCUUGCUCGUUCUAGUUUCCAUUUACUUUGCAAGACCAGCCGACAACAGCUCAGCUUGCGUUGACAAGGCAGUCUUGGUUCUCCCGGAUAUCUACGGGCUGGCAAUCCCCCAUGCGCUGCGAAUGGCAGAUAGCUACGCCCGCGCAGGGUUCUUCACCGUGGCCUGUGGUGGCAGGGCCACCUUCCCAGUGACCGACCCCAUCGUCGAGACGGCCAUCGAAUACGCCCGCAACUCACUCGGCUUCCCUCGGGUCGGCAUCCUCGGGUAUUGCUACAGCGGUUACUACUCGGCCCGCUUCCUCGCGGAGAAUCGUACCGUCCGCUCGGAUGCCACCUUUGCUGUCACUCCCAGCCAGGCGGCGUCCGGGGUCGACGACACUCUGGCUGAGAUCGGCAUGGUAUCCGGGCCCAUCACCUAUGCUUUCGCAGAGAUCGACAACAGGAUGCCUAGAGAUUUGGUAAAUGACAUUGUGGACACGCUCAAUAAUAGUCGAGCCACGGCUGCUCCUUACCAGUCGGUGGUGUAUGGGAACAGGAACCAUGGUUUUGGACUCCGUGGUGAGACUCUAAAUCUGCAGGCGGACAAUUCUUUCAAUCCUGAGGAGGUGUUUGCAAAGGAGUCGGCUUUCUUGCAGUCUGUCAGGUGGUUCGACACAUACCUCUAG